AAGACAUUUCGAUAUUGGUCCGCCUUUGCAACGAAAUUUGUAUCAAUUGGGAAAGAACUGGCCUGUGCAUCUUAUGGCGUUCUGACUCUGAGUCCUCAGUCCUCAUCCAAACUGCCCUUCGCUACUGCUGCCUCCCUCUAAUAAUCGAAAAUAUAGUUUUUUUUGUAGCUAGAACUAGAAGACAGUAUUGAGCGAGAAAGUAGAAGAUGUUUGGAUCUGUAGUUAGAUACUUUUCAACGAAACCAAAGCCCAAAAUGAAACCUAUAGAGCUCAAAACACCACCUGAGCAGACACAGACCAUAACAAGGGCAAUCUUCGACAUUGUGAAGGAGCAUGGCCCUCUUACCGUUUCAAAAACUUGGGAAAGGAUUCAGGAAGUUGGCCUUAGAGGAUUGACAGGAAAAAGGCAUAUGAAAAUAGUGUUGAGAUGGAUGAGAGAGAGGCAGAAACUUAGGUUAAUCUGCAAUCAUAUAGGGCCUCACAAGCAAUUUCUUUACACAACUUGGUUCACGAAGCCUGCUGUCAAACAUGCAAAAGUCGUGAAUAGUCCUUCACCACCGAGGUUCCCUUGAAAUUGCACAGUUUCUACUGCCUUGAGGAGCUUUUACAAAUUAUUGUAUCAUUCUAUUGUCUGUCUCUUACAAUCACCCAGUAUUUUAUGCAGAACAAGUUAAAUGUCAGCCGUCUUCAUGCUUAUUUGUUAUUCCUUACAAAUCCAAUGUAGGUACUUGAUGUUUGAGUA